UUCUUUUCUUUUACCAUUGCAUCGCAUAAGCAUAUGUCCUAGUAAAAAAUCCGCUGGAUCAUGUGUUUUCCUCCGUUUGUUUGAUUUUUGCACGUUUUUUCUUCUUCUUCUUUUUUGACGUGCGCGUGCUACCUGCCACGACGCGUAUUUUCCUGUUGACGCGCGCAUACAUCGGCCGGCCAUCCGUCGAGAUGUACAGUUGAAUCCUACGUCGAUCCCAGAUCGGCGUACGCAUGCAUGCACUGUGCUCCACGCGUUCACGGGCAGGUCGGUUCAACGUAGCAGAUCAAACGUGAUUAUACGUAGGAGUAAAACAGAUCCGCUACGCACAGCUAGCAGAGCAGGUUCGCGCCCAGUCUCGACUCCAAACCGGAUCAAUCAACGUUUCCAAAACCGGAUCCCAAUCGAACCGGCCCGGCCUCGCCAGCGGCCACGUCCAUAAAUUACCACCCCAGUCCCAGCUUUCACCCAAAGCGAUCGAUCUACCGCGAGACUUCCUGCCGACGCCGCCGACUCCGACUCGCCGAGAUGACCUCCGUCAACCCUUUCAACCGGCUGGUGAGGCUGGCGGCGCGCGCUUUCUACGACGACCUGCCCCCGGAGACGGCCGCCGGCGGCGGCCAGCAACACGCGCAUGGCACGGCCGUCGUCGUCCUCGACGCGCUCACCAGACGGAACGGGCAGUGGGUCCGCGAGGACGACCUCGCCGCGUCGCUACGGAUGCAGCCCAAGCCGCUUCGCCGCCUGCUCCGCUACCUCGAGGAGGAUAAGAUAGUGUCUAGGGACCACCAGAAGGAGCCGGUGCCGGUGCCGGCCAAACCAGCCGCCGACGAGGGCGACGUCGAGAAGGAGAGGGUGAAGCUGCACCUCAAGUCCUACUGCUGCCUGGACUACGCGCAGGCCUGCGACGCCGUCAGGUACCGGAUCCACCGCAUGAGGAAGAGGAUCAGGGACGAGCUGACGGCGGACAGCAGGGCCACGGUGCAGCACUACCUGUGCCCCGACUGCGGGAGGCGGUACUCGGCGUUCGACGCCCUCAGGCUCAUCUCCGACGACUACGAGAUCUUCCGCUGCGAGCGUUGCAGCGGCGAGCUGGUCGUGGAGAAGGCCGCCACGAUCGCGGCCGACGAGGACAGGGACGGCGGCGGAGAUGGCGAUGGCAGCCGCGCACGGAAGCGUAGGCGGCUCGAGAAGCUGCAGGGCAUGCAGCGGAGGAUGGACGAGCAGCUGGAGCCGUUGCAGGCGCAGAUCGAGAGGGUGGAGGGCCUGGCCGCUCCGGAGUUCAUGAGCCUGCGGUCAUGGCAGAAAGAGAACAAUGUUGCUGCAGCUGCAGCAGCAGCUGCAGCUCCAUGCCGCCGGGACACGGAGGUCGAGCUUGGAGUCCUGCUGCAUGAUGCAGAUCAGUCUGGCACGAAUUCAGAACCGAAAAUCUUUCCUCCAUGGAUGGCAAGACAAGGCAUGGAUCUUGCCGGUGGGAAAGCGUUAUCGGACGAAGAGUCGGAAGGCGAGGAUGAUAAGAAGAUGAACUCAAACGAAGAAGAAGAAGAAGAAGAAAAGCGAAUACUGGGACAGGAAUAUGCCAAGGCUUUUUAUGAAGCCCUUAUGCAACAACACGAACAGCAGCAGGCCGCAAAUGUCAAAAACGAGGACGAACAACAGCUGGGCACAAAUGUCAAACACGAGGACGAUGAAGAUGAGAUUGAGUGGGAAGAGGGCUAAAACUAAAAGACAGUGGCAACAUGACAAAGAAAUUUGCUAUGUAAUUACGUCGCCUAUUUUUUCUACGUAGAUCUGGUUGAACAUUAUUGAACUAACACAGUUGUUAUGGCAGAAAUGUGAGAAUAUAUAUAUCGCCCCUAGUGAGCACUUACCUAUGGCCUAUGGGCGCCAAACGUGGGCUUGCUGCCCUGCCCAGCCCAUUUCCUUUUUUUGGUUAUUGCUGGUUUCUCUUCUCGGUUUUUACCUUGUUUUUAUUUUUAUUUUUCUAGCUGUGGUUUCAUUUUUCUUUACAUAAUUUUUGGUUUUUUAAUUUGCUACUCCCUCCGUCACGGUUUAGAAGGCACAGUUAAACUUGCGUGCGUUUCCAAAAUAGACAAGGUUUAAGGCACGAAAGCAAUUACUAUUAUUAAUUAGUACUCCCUCCGUUCCUAAAUAUAAGACCUUUUAAAGAUUGCACUAUAAACGACAUACGGAUGU